UAUACGGACUGUGUGCCUUCCCAGCAAGGCUGUGUCAGCCGUUCCACCAAUCAUAAACAAUGGAGGGGAAUUCGAAAAGAGAAGCCAGCUGCCAAACGGAAGGAGAGAGAGGACUGCAGGGACCGAGCGGUGUGAUGGCGGGGGAGGCCGCUUCUGUCAGAACACUCUCAAGAAUGAUCACUGUCCCAAGUGUUUGCGAAAAUACCAUGGCAAGAUGAGACUUGAGUACAUUUAUUGUACCAACAGAAAUUGUCAUUCCUCCUGAAGGACUCUUGUAAUUUUUUUUUGAUAUGUCACAUCAAGGCCACCAACCUAGUAACACCAAAGAUAUAAACAGAACCUAUGUAUUAUCUGCAUGCAAAAAUGUUAGGUCUGUAGUGGCACACAAACUAGAGCCAAGGUUAAAGCUUCAAAAGAGGGAGACCAUAGUUGAAGAGUCCCCUGGUGUGGAGAAGAGUUCAGAGAAAGAUGUCAUUCAACAGCCUGAGCCUGAAAUACGUCUGACUUUACAAAGGAGGCUCCGUACUGGAUGCAUUGAAAAAGAUGACCCGGUCAAAAAUCCAGGUGACUGUGGUAAAGUCAAAACUCUCUUUGGAAAGCAGCAAGUGAAUUAUGGAUUAACACAAUCCAACACAGUCAGCAAUAUAUCUAACAAUCGACCCGAAUUUAGAACAAAAGGUUUAAAUGGUGCAAAUUGGAAAACUUUCCAACCAAGAUCUCUUGUAAAUGGCCUAAAACCUCAAAAUACACAUGUGUCUAGAUCUUGUGAGGACGUGAAGGUUCCUUCUGGUAGGAAUGCAAAGGGAAAUGAUCCAUCCAAUAGCUCUGGCAACACUGGGCAAGAUCUAUUAAAGACUCCUAUUGCAAAAAAUGGAGGUUUGGAUAGACCGAAAACGCCAAAGAGUGGAGCGUCUGGGCUCUUCAGGUCUGCAUCUACAAAGGAGGUAAGAAGCCCUGCCAUAACGCCAAAACGUCCAGUAAACACAUUACCUACCACUCCGAGACGGAUUCCUGGUACAAAUGUACGCCCAGAAAAAACGGGAGUACCCACUAUUCCAUCUGAAUCUUUACAUGUUAAAGAUGAUGCGGUCAGCUUGCUUCUUGAUGAGAAUGAACAUCGCAAAGAGGAGAACUGUGCAGUGACUGUUGCCGUGAGAGUUAGGCCAUUCAGCAAAAGGGAACGGAAUGAGCAUGCCACCCAGGUGGUAUUUAUGAAUGGGAAGGAAACCGUUGUUCAACCACCAGACUCCAAGGAUCGCCAUAACUUCCUCUUUGGCUUUUCAUUUUGGUCCUUCAAUAAAUCGGAUCCAUACUAUGCAGGUCAAGAAGAAGUAUAUGAGAAGCUAGCUCUUCCUCUCUUAGAGUCUUCUCUCCAGGGAUACAAUGCGUGUUUGUUUGCCUAUGGACAGACUGGAUCUGGGAAGUCCUACACCAUGAUGGGUUUUGAUGAAGAAGUGGGCAUUAUUCCAAGAUUCUGCAAUCAACUUUUUUCCCGUAUUCAGGCGACAAAGCAGCAGAUCUCUUUUCAUCUGGAGAUGAGUUACUUUGAAGUGUACAAUGAGAAGAUCCAUGAUUUGCUGGUUUUUAAAGCUGAUAAUGAGCACAAGAAGCUUGCACUUAGAGUGCGGGAGCAUCCAUUGCUAGGGCCUUAUGUGGAAGACCUCUCAACCAAUGUAGUGUCUUCAUUUCAAGACAUUCAGAGUUGGCUUGAGUUGGGUAACAAGCAGAGAGCCACAGCUGCUACAGGAAUGAAUGACAAAAGUUCUCGAUCUCACUCUGUGUUUACUCUUAUCCUAACCCAGACCAAGACUGAGGUUGUGGAUGGGGAAGAACAUGAUCACAGGAUUACCAGCCGGAUCAACCUUGUGGAUCUGGCUGGAAGUGAGAGAUGCACCUCAGCAAAGACCGAAGGAGACCGUCUAAAGGAGGGCAUCAGUAUCAACAAAUCACUGCUUACUUUGGGAAAAGUAAUCUCUGCUCUUUCAGAGAGCUCACAGUCUAGAAAGAAAUUUUUCAUUCCAUACAGGGAAUCUGUCCUUACUUGGUUAUUGAAAGACAGUUUGGGAGGCAAUUCCAAAACCACCAUGAUUGCUACAAUCAGUCCUGCUGUCAGUAACAUUGAAGAAACGAUGAGUACAUUGAGAUAUGCCAAACAAGCUUGUCUAAUAAUAAACAUUGCCAAGGUGAACGAAGACAUGAACGCAAAACUGAUCAGAGAACUGAAAUCUGAGAUUGAUAAGUUAAAGGCAGCACAGCUAUCUGUCAAGAGUUUGAAUUCUGAGAAAUAUCAACAUUGUCAACAGGAAAUAACCCAUCUAAAGCUAAAACUGAGCCAGCAGGAAAAGGAGAUGUCUGAAUUACACAGGAUUUGGAAGGAGAGGCUUCAGAAUGCUGAACAGAGAAAGAUGGAAGAGACCCAGGAAUUGCAGAAAGCUGGGAUCACUUUUAAGAUGGACAAUCGUUUGCCAAACCUGGUGAAUCUGAAUGAAGAUCCUCAGCUUUCAGAGAUGUUGCUGUACAUGAUAAAAGAAGGAAAGACCACCGUGGGGAAAUACUGUAAAGGCUCAUCUCAUGACAUCCAGCUGUCUGGCGCACUUAUCGCUGAAGAUCAUUGUGUCAUUACAAAUAUUGACAACAUAGUUAGAAUAAUCCCAGCAGGAGAAGCAAAGACAUAUGUUAAUGGUAACGAGAUCUCGGCUUCCACCAUUCUGCAUCACGGUGAUCGUGUGAUUCUGGGAGGAGACCAUUACUUCAGAUUUAACCAUCCUGUGGAGGUCCAGCAAUUAAAAGGUCCAUCCAGAGUUUCUACAGUAUGCUCAGACGGUCCCAAGGACUUUGAAUUUGCCAAGAAUGAACUUCUCAAAGCCCAGAGAGCCAAAUUGGAAGAGGAGAUUGAAGAAGCACGGUUAAGAGCAAAGGAGGAGAUGAUGCGAGGAAUUCAGAUUGCAAAAGAGAUGGCGCAGCAGGAGCUUAGCUGCCAGAAGUCAGAAUAUGAAGAAAAGAUCAAAGCACUAGAAGCCGAGCUGGAGGAGGAAACUCGGAGGAAACAACAGCAGGAGAUCACCACUCGGAAAGCAACCAGCAAAAUACAGGAACUGGAAGAGGUCAAGCUGCAUCUUCAACAGGAGGUUCAGCUCAACAAAAGGCGAUUAGAAAUGGAAACUCUGGCCACCAAGCAGGCAUUAGAAGAUCACACAGUUCGCCAUGCCAAGAUUUUGAAAGCACUGGAGGAUGAAAAGCAAAAAAUUGCCGGGGAAGUUCAGAUGCUGCAAAAAGAGAAGAAUAACAGAGAGAGGAGCGUGUCAGUUCCACCUACUUGGAGUUCAUUGAAACUGUCUGUCAUGAUUCAGGAGGCCAACACAAUUAGUGCCAAACUCCAAAAGCAUACUGUAUUCAGUAGACAUGAAGUGACUGAUAAAGAAAACCAACCUUUAAUACAAGUCCAAGUCAGAAACAUUAAGCUGGGAAUUGUAACAUUCUGGAAUCUGGAGAAGUUGGAAUAUAAGUUGGCUGCCAUGAAGGAUUUAUAUGAGAAUCGUGGCAGUUCAAAGGAAGAUGAUAUAUUUUAUGAUCCAGCAGAUGAAUGGGAGCCAGAUCUGUCAAAGUCAUCGUUGUCUAAUUUCUCAAGGCGCAGGAGCAAAAGUCUCAUGAAGAGCAAAAGAAUUUCAGGAUGUCUGUAUGAAAUACGUGUUCACCCUAUUCAAAGUUUACAGUCUGGAUAUUCAUCAGGUUUGAUGACCAAGUCUAGUAGUUUUCUGAGCAAGUCCAGCAGUGUAUGCUCUAAUGGGAAUGAUUCACAUCUACCUGAAAUCUGUAAGGAUCUGAUAGGACGUGCAUUGGAUUAUCUGGGACAAAGUCAAUCAGAUGAAAGCAGCAUUGCUGACAGUCUGGUCUCCUGUAUCGGAACGGUUUGUAAGGGAGUUCACGUUGUCUCCCAGACAUAUGAGCAACAGGAUGAAGACAGCACAGAUGGCAUGUUCGUGGUUAACCAGGAUGCCCAAAUUCAAAGCAUCCAUCUGACCUCUGCUUUUCAACAGUCUGUUGUGUUAACAAAGCUUUGGUUGGACUCUUUCACUGAAAGCCAAAAGACUGACAAACCCGGUGAGAACUUGUUGCUGAACAUCAGGAAGCUCGGAGGAUACUUGCAGCUGCUCUUACAGGGUUGCUCCUCUGAUAUAUCUGCAAUGGUUAAAGAAGCAAAGGCUAAAGCCGAUCAUACAGUGGAACAAAUCCUGCAAGAAAUUGGAUAUCUAGCUGCACUAACUGUUACUUCGUUGCGUCUUCCAAAAGAGGCAUAUACAGACACACCUAUUCUACAGAAAUCCUUCAUUGAUACACUUAAGUUUGGGUUUUGUGUCGGAUUAAAAAACCUAAUUGAAAAUGGAAUAGCUACUGCUGAUUUAAUUCAUACUGAAAUCCGGAGGUACCCUGUUCAUGAUGAGGUACUUGAGGAGAUAAAGAACACAUCAUUCAAGUUAGCCGGCUUCCUCCAUAACUCCAUGGAACACUGUAAAAAGCUAAACAUGGACCUUGUACUGAAGGAUUCAGCUUGCAGUGUUCGCACCUCCCUAAGUUCAGCACUGCACAAUAUGAAAUCCUGUUUGGAUUUGCUACGGCCUACCUUCACUUCUCUACUAAACGGUACAGUCACAGAUAUUUCCCAUAUACCAACAUCGCUUAACGACAUUCACUCUUCUGCCUCUAUAUUGAACAAGAUCUGUCUGCCAUGGUCACAGCACAUAUUUGGUUUGGCAGAGUUUAGAAAUUUGUCAGAGACUCUUAUAUGUGCCAUUCAGAAGAGGGACUUCAACAGAGCCAACUACGCCCAGCCACAAGAUGCACAGCGCAACUCUGCAUUCUCACCCAGCGCCAUACAGUGGGUGUAGGCAUCCUCAUAAAUGGUGUAUUAGCCUAAUGCUUUAAAAAAAAAACCUGCACUGCAUGCUUUAAAAAAAACUGUAUAGAGGGUAAUAGAUUUUUGGAUAUCACUUGUAUAUGUUUUUGUAUAAAUGUAUAUUUUUUUCUUCUUUGGUAAUUAUAUUUGUAUAAAUCUAAUGUGAGAUUUGGAAAGAAGCCAUGAGCAGUGCUCAAGUCGGAAUUUUUAAAAUGCAUUUUUGUUGUAUAUCUGGCACUCGAGCAAUGCUUUAUUGAGGCUAGGCAACAGGUUUACUUGAAUGUUUUAAUGGCAGCCUUUUACCCCCACCCCUUCCCCACAUUUGGCUGAUGGGAGUGGGAAAAGCCCAGUGACAUGACUUUUAGCUUACAAAGGGCUCAAAUUGCUCCUUUUGUGACAGCACUGGUUCGUUGUGUGGACAAGCACCAGAGCUGCCGAGGAGGAUGAGUCUUGUGCUUCUCCAUACCUGGUAUUUAUUUUAAUUUUUUUUACUCUCAACUGAACGGAAUGGCGGUGGAGUGGGGGUAACCCUUAGAGUGAACCUGUUCCUUAGCCCUGCAUGAGCAAAGCACUGGCUUGCUUUAAGAUCUACGGGCACAGGAAUAAAAGUGCAAGUUCUCCAGUUCCAGUGUUCUAUAUUUAUAACGCGAUAACACAAAAUAAAAUACAUACUAAAACAUCAA